AUGGACUCCUUGACGAGGCUAACGGCCGACAAGCCGGUGGUAAUAUUCGGCAAGUCCAAUUGCUGCAUAUCCCACACCAUUAAGACACUCAUAUGCAGCUUUGGAGCAAAUCCAACGGUUUACGAGCUUGACGAAAUGCCCAACGGGCAGCAGCUCGAGCUGGCAAUCUUGGCGUUUUCCGGUCAGCAGAAGAGCCUUCCGGCAGUGUUCGUCGGAAAAAAACUGGUCGGUGGAGCCGAUGAGGUCAUGAGCCUUCAUGUGAAAGGGGAGUUGGUCCCUUUGCUCAAGAAGGCUAAAGCUAUAUGGUUAUAG